AUGGCCCCUCUCAUCACCAACAUCUACACGGCCGACCCGUCGGCGCACGUGUUCGAGGGCAAGAUCUACAUCUACCCGUCGCACGACCGCGAGACCGACAUCCAGUUCAACGACAAUGGCGACCAGUACGACAUGGCCGACUACCACGUCUUCAGCACCACGUCGCUGGACCCGGCCGCGCCCGUGGUCGACCACGGCGUCGUGCUCAAGACUGAGGACAUCCCCUGGGUGUCCAAGCAGCUGUGGGCGCCCGACGCGGCCUGCAAGGACGGCAAGUACUACCUGUACUUCCCCGCGCGCGACAAGCAGGGCAUCUUCCGCAUCGGCGUGGCCGUGGGCGACCGGCCCGAGGGGCCCUUCGUGCCGGACCCGGAGCCGAUCCGCGGCAGCUACAGCAUCGACCCGGCCACGUUUGUCGACGACGACGCCGACGGCAGCGCCUACAUGUACUUUGGCGGGUUGUGGGGCGGCCAGCUGCAGUGCUACCAGCAGGGCAACGACGUGUUCGACGCGGCCUGGCAGGGGCCCAAGGAGCCGUCGGGCGAAGGCGUGGCGGCGCUGGGGCCGCGCGUGGCCAAGCUGACCGGCGACAUGCGCCAGUUCGACGGCGAGGUGCGCGAGGUGGUGAUCCUGGCGCCGGAGACGGGGAAACCCCUCCUGGCGGACGACCACGACCGGCGCUUCUUCGAGGCGGCGUGGAUGCACAAGUACGGCGGCAAGUACUACUUCAGCUACUCGACGGGCGACACGCACUACCUGUGCUACGCCAUCGGCGACAAUCCCUACGGGCCCUUCACUUACGCGGGCCGCAUGCUGGAGCCCGUGCUCGGCUGGACGACGCACCACUCGGUCGUCGAGUUCCAGGGCCGCUGGUGGCUGUUCCACCACGACUGCGAGCUGAGCAAGGGCGUCGACCACCUGCGGUCCGUCAAGGUCAAGGAGAUCUUCUACGAUGCCGAUGGCAAGAUCGUGAGUGAGAAGCCGCAAUAA